UGGAGGCGCUCGGCGUUCCGCCGACCGGAAGCGGAGGGAGGAAGGAGCGCCAUGAGGGCACCGCGGCCUUGCGGGGUCUGCGGGGCGGCCGGCGCGGCCAAGUACCGCUGUCCGCGCUGCGCCGCCGGCUACUGCUCCGUGCUCUGCUGCAGGGCCCACAAGGAACGCUGCCCGCCGGAGCCGAAGCGGGAGGAAGAACGGGAGCGGCCGGCGGCGGUCGGACAGCUCUUCCCCGGCGGGCCGCUGAACGGCGGAGGGCGGCAGGCAGGCGGCCCCUGGUCGGUGGAGGACAUCCUGACGGAAGAUGACGAGCAGGACCGCGUCCCGCUGCAGAAACUCAAGCUUUUAGGGGAAUCGGAAGAACUGAGAGGCUUGCUUCUGAAUCCACAUCUCCAGCAGCUACUGCUGACAGUCGAUCAAGCAGAAGACAAAAGCUCCCUCAUGAAGAAGUACAUGCAGGAGCCGUUAUUUGUUGAGUUUGCAGACUGUUGCUUGAGAAUUGUUGAACCUCCAGAGAAGGAGAACAUCCUUCCUGAGUGAGCUACGUGGAGAACGUUUUUCUUUCCUUGACAUUUUUUCCCUCUGACAGAAGAGGUUUGACAGCACCCCGUGCUCCUGGGGUGCACCAUGCUGUGUGCUUCCUCCAGGUGUGGUCACACCUCGCUCAUGGACGUCAGUGCUCUAAUUUUCAAUUUAGAGUUGAUAAACCGUGACAUAGUGUAGGACAGAUUUCUAGGUACUAGGAAUUAAACUGGAUGUUCUGUGGGCUAUGCUUUCUGUUGAUAUGGAAAUACUAUCAACCAUGGGAAACGUUGCUUCCCAAUGACAAUUAAUAUUAAAUAUAUUUGCAUUUAUUUUAA